AUGGAAAAAGUAAAGGAUUGGAACAACAUUCAUGAUAAAUCAUGUGAGCAUUUCUCGGAAUACAUACAACUUGUUCAAUUGUUAAAUCAACAAACUCCGAGCGCAAUCAUUGAAUUUGAACAAGCAUUCUCUAGUAACAGCACCUUGAUGGACCUGUCAUUGACACGGAAAUUGAAACAAACCCAUGAAAAUCUACUGAACUCUAUUCAAGAUUUUUUUAGUGUAGUUACAAAUUUAAAAGAAAUUGUUUCGAGAAUGAAACUGACAAUGAUCCACUCUAAAGAACAUGACAGAGGAGCACUUCUAAUGAAAGGACCUUAUCACAUGUUGAAUAAUGCAAUCGAUUACAUUAGAUACGCGGAAGAUUACAUUUCCAUGUUUGAAAAUGAAUUGGAUUUUAAAAGUAUAACAUUUCAAAGCAUGCAUGAGAUGGAAUCGCAAUAUGUCCUCAAUACCUAUCUCAUUGCUUGGAAAAAACAAUCCUUCAUUGAUGAAAAAAAACUACGAUAUUUAGAAAUGGAAUUAGCCAUGCAUAGCAAGGCUAUUACAAAUCUGUGA